AUGGAACCGUCCAGUAAAAAGCGGAAGCUGGCUCCCAAGGUCAACACUUCUGUGGCUCCCAACCCUCAGCCUGCUGCGCAGUAUUCCCACGAAACGCCGCCACAACAACAGCCUUACCCCGUACACGAUGCUCCCGUCGCCGAACGACAAGACUUCGAGGCCUUUGCGCGUCACCUACAGGAUGCGGCCAUGCUGAUACAGCGCCAGACGGAGCGCCCGCCUCACAGUGAUGUAUCCGUCUUGCUAUUAAGCUGGGAAGAGGAUCGUACGGUGGAUGAGGACGUUGCCGCCGUGGAGCAGGUCAUGCAGAAGCAGUAUGGCUUCACCACUCAGCGCUGGCAGAUCCCCACCGUGCCAAACCCAAGCAUCAAGCUCGGCGUCCAGAUGGCUUCCUUUCUCGAAAACGCAAGGCCCAACCACCUCCUCAUUAUAUACUACGCUGGCCACGGAUAUGCCGGCCCCGAUGGCCAGCUGUACUGGGCCUGCAAUGCGCGCGAAGAUGCUGCCAAGCUCAAAUGGGAUGGUGUACGGUGCUUAUUCGAAGAUGCCCAAUCCGACAUUCUCCUGCUUCUGGAUACAUGUGCCGACCCCGAACCGGCAGCCGCGGGCAGCCACGGUGUGAAGCAGGCCAUUGCGGCUUGCUCCCGAGAGCACAAGGCCCGACAGGAACCUGGUCAACGCUCCUUCACGUCCUUCCUGGUAGAGGCGCUUCACAAGUUGAGCGGGGGGCAACAGCCUUUCAAUGUCCAGAGACUAUACGACGAGACUCGCUCCCUGAAGCAACAGCAGCGUGCCAAAAGCCCAACGCCUGCAAAGGGCGCAACAGCCCCCGCCUCGCCCAUUAUGCCCAUCUUCUUCACCCUGACCCCCGGCAAAGGGCAAAAUUUGAUGCUGGCGUCCAUGAUCGGCAGGGCGCCAGCGCCUCCCCUGAACGGCGUAGAUGCGCCGGAUGGGCAGAGUAGUCGCGCUCGUGAAGACCAUGUCAUCGACCCGGAUUCUGUAGCUGACAUCAGGUUUGAAGAGCCCCGGAUCCUGGUUUGCACAACAUUCGUUGGGGAUGCGAGUCCAGACAUGUCUUACUUUCACCAGUGGCUACAGAACAAGCCGACCCUUGGCGCUGCCAUCGCCGUCGAGGGCAUGUUCCUUGGCCCACCCACAAUGCUGCUCAUCUCCAUGCCCCACUCCAUAUGGAAUGUCGUCCAGCACGAUAAGGUCUGCUGCUUCCUGGGCUACAUUAGUUCUCACAACAUGAUUCACCUGUAUGAAAAGCUGAUUGGGCCCGCCGGUAUCCGCCCCUCUGCCAAAGAAGUAGAGGAUGGCCGUAUUCUGCUGGAAGCCCGGGAGUUGGCGGCCGGAACGCCUUCGCGAGCUCGACGGGAGCCGGAUCCAUAUCUGCACGCCGCGGCUCGAGAUGGCCUUGAGUACAGGUCGCAAAGUAGUCCAUCCGGAGCGUCCUACACUCCGGCCGCCCCUCGAACUAUUGCGCCAAUCAAGCCAAAGGAUGAGGUUGAGGAUUCCGCAGAGAUGCAAGAAGCCGCAGAGCAGCUCAAGGCUCUCAGUCAUGUUCGGCCUAGAAGUGACGAUGGCCCUGCGCCUCCUCCUGUCCCGGCGCCUCCUCCUGCUACUGCUGCUGCUGCUGCUGCUGCUGCUUCUGUGGCUGUUGCUGCUGUACCUCCCCCUGUGCGGCACCGAACAACGCUUCCAGAUGGUAUCCCUGAAUCGAGGCACAUUGAGCCAAAUAUUUCACGCGACAUCAAUGAAUCUGGAGCCGGCGAUGCCAUGGCUCUGGAUUCGACCCCAUUGCGUAUGAAGGCGCCUCGACGGUCUCUCCCUAAGCAGGAAACUAGAUGUGAUCACUGUACGCAUGCCCCUUUCAAAGAUUCCUCGUCGCUUCGGAAACACAUCGCGGCAGCCCAUACCCGACCAUUUCCCUGCGCCUUUUCCUUUGCUGGCUGCGCCAGUACCUUUGGAUCCAAGAAUGAAUGGAAGCGCCACAUUGCUUCACAGCACCUCUGCUUGACGUAUUAUUGCUGUUCGGCUUGCCCGCAGAGCUCGGCAGAAGGCAAGGGUAAUGAGUUCAACCGAAAGGAUCUCUUCACCCAGCAUCUACGCCGAAUGCAUGCCCCGUUCCAGAUCAAAAGGACCAUUGCCAAGGGUGACAGCAAGUUACAGGCCGAAUGGGAUGCACACGUCAAGGACAUGCAGCAGUCCUGUCUAGUUACCAGGCGACACCCUCCACAAAAAUCGGCUUGUCCACGAAAAGAGUGUAACGCCCUUUUCGAGGGGCCCACCUCUUGGGAUGAGUGGACUGAGCAUGUCGGGCGGCACAUGGAGAAGGGUGAGGGCCAGCGGCUGGGCAUCGACAAGUUGCUGGCAGAGUGGGCUCUUGACGAAGGCAUCAUCGAGUUAAAGAGCGAUGGCGAGUAUCGUUUGUGCGCCACAAACGGCGUCCUCGCUGGCGGAGGCAAUGGCAGCGUG